AAGCCUCCGUAAAUAAACGCGCCCGAGUCUUUCUUUUUUUCUUCCUCUCGGAAGUGUCGAUAUUAUUCGCGGGGGCGUGAUUCCGUGAUACGUCGAGCGGGCGAGCAAUUUACUCGCGUCAGUGUGUUCGUGUCGUCGUCGUCCAUCGGGACGCGCUACGUCGAUGGUACCGCCGGAUGUACGGUGAGCGUCAACCCGGGUCGGCCAACUACGCCAUCAGGCUGCCGCCAAGCGGGGAGGACGUCUGUCUCGCGUGUCAGCACACAUCAAUGGUUCAGCUGGGAUGCCGACCGUGGAAUCUCAGUCUGACGAGCGUCAUUAUCCUGGCGCUGUCGAACAUGCUGCUGACGUUUCUGCUGCUGCAAUCGGAGACUUGCGCGCCCGGAGCAAUUCCGCGAGAGGUGGAGGUCAGCGCGGUCACCGACUGGAAUCUUGGCAACCUCAUCAAGCAGGAGCAACAGCAGCAGCCACCGCCACCGCCGCCCCCGCCAUCGCCGGACUGCAUCACGCAGGAUUACCAGUCGACGUCACUUGACGCAGACAUCCUCAAGCUGGAUAUUAAGCUCGGCAGAUGGGACGCCCGGCGGUUAUUCCGCACCUUCGAUUCGGUGCUGGUCGGCAACCGGUUCAGCGAACUGUCGCAGACCUAUCGAGUGUGUUUGGCCACGCAGAGCUCCGUGGAAAAGCUACAUUCGCUGGUGCAGGUCGCCUUGCACUGGACCGGGCCGAUGUCGGUGGCGUUGUACGCCGCCGGCGACGAGGAAUUCGAAGUGCUACAACGUUACCUGGUGUAUUUGAGACGUUGCUACGAAUCCAUCCGCGAGAGGGUGAUCUUCUCUCUGGCCGUGCCGAGAAAACGACCGCCUAAAAAGCAGCCGCGCGUCUUCGAGCUGCCGAACGUCGUCGAUUGUGCCAAACCAGAGGCCACCCUGACUCAGCUCGCCAAUCGCAUCCCGAGCGAACAGACCAUCUGGAGAACCCGUAACGUCUAUCCGCAGAAUCACAUGCGCAAUCUAGCGCGCAAGAACUGCCAGACGGAUUACGUGUUCCUGACUGACGUCGACAUCGUGCCGAGCUUCAAUCUGACUGCCGCCCUCGACGAGUUCCUCAGAAGCGACGACUGUGAUAAAUGCGCCUACGUAAUACCCACGUACGAGCUGGACACGCGCGUGAGGUUUCCCCAGAACAAGACGGAGUUGGUCAGGCUGGCAAGGAAGGGCCUGGCCAGACCCUUUCACCAGAAGGUCUUCAUACACAAUCAGUUCGCAACGAACUUCACGAGGUGGCUGCAGGACGUGUCGCCGAGCCAUAAAUAUCACGAGAACGUGAAGACCGGCAGGGUCUACGUUAGUCACGACGUGACGAAUUUCGAAUUCCUUUACGAGCCGUUUUACGUGGCGAAGGAUAUCGUGCCGUCCCACGAUGAGAGGUUUAUGGGAUACGGAUAUACGAGAAAUACCCAGGUUUACGAGAUGUACGUGACGGGUUAUCAGUUUAAGGUGCUAUCGCCCGUAUUUACGGGCCACUGGGGACUGCAGACGAGGAAGAGCAGACCCGCUUGGCGCGAGCGUCAAAACAGUGCCAACAGGAAACAAUUCGAGACGUUCAAGAAGGAGGUGUUUGCCCGUUACAUGCGAGAUCCGUUGAAGAUGAUGAAGAACGUUAACUGACGAAAGAUUCGUCGAGGAUCUCGUUGACUCGAGGUUCCUCCUCCUCCGUUUACAUUUGUUCUUAGGCUCGACAUCGAGAAAUCCAGAGAGAAAGAGAGAGAGAAAGAAAAUAGAAUUUAGGCCUCUGGCUAUAUCGCUAGUGCUCACCACGUAACGUAGUGGGUAGAUUUCAAGUGUGUUUUCUCACGCGAUCGAACAUGUCAACGAACAAUAAUAUUUUAUUUUUAACUAUUCUAUGUUACUAUUUUAUAGAAAUGUACAUAAAAAUUUUGUUAACCUCUUUCUCCGACACUGUCAACUUCAUCGAUCAUGGUUUUCAACAAAUCGCUCGAUAUUUUCUUCACUCGUCGGUGCUCAUUUGCUCAUUGUAUUAGGGAUAGUAUAUCUUCGAAUCUCUCUAUGUUUACACAAAACUGAUCGAAAUCUCUGACGAACGGCAGAGCCGUUCUUUAUCCUUCGUGUGGGAACAAUAGCAAACCAGCUGCUCCUCUCCGUUCAUCCGUAUUAAGCGCAACGGCGGAGUGCGCUUCAGUAUGCUCGGGAGAGAUGCCACAGAUCGAGUAAACGCGAUCGGCGGGAAUUCGCGCUACUUAUCGAACCUUCCGGUUCAUCGAUUUCGCCAGGCGGAACCGACCGCGUGUGGCCGCCUCUUGUUACUUCCACUCACGAUUCCCCAAAGUCAUCAGAGACCGCCAUGCGGGGAUCGAGGAAUAAAUAUCGCCCUGUGAGUUUCGCGGCACGUACUCGCGCACGAAGGAGCGGGAAAACGAGGGCGUAGGAAGGGAGGGGGGGAUCUUAAGUGAGCGUACCUCGUUAGCUGUCUGGGGGGCUUAAGAGAGGGUGGCGUUUAAAUCCAAAAUCGAUACUUCGCUUGACACGGGCGUAGCGCGCCGCACAUAAAAUAACAAACGGCAUAAACAGUCUCUGUGUCAUAUAUAGUUAUUACGGCGUUGCGCAGAAAGAAAUAUUGCGAAUGACAAAUAAGGUGUCUCAGGUGCAGUUCCUUUUAUCGAGACGGGUUAUUUGAAAUGAUAUGUGGAAAUUGAACUCUUUCAAAAGCGGCUUGGUGGAGUUCUUUUACAAAAAUCUUUAAUUUAAAAUUGAACCGUAAAACUGCACGGACAAUAACGGACAGUAAUAAAACUCUUCAAGAAACUUAAAUUUUAAUUAAGAAGUUUAAUUCAAAAAGCCUGAUCGGACAUAAUUAAUUAUUUUGACAAGUGUGUUCGUCGGUUAAGUCCAAGUUAUAGUAAGAAACACUUUCUAUAGAUAGAAAAAUAUGAAAAAAGGGAACAUAAAAAAUAUUUUCUAUAAAGUCGCGUGAAAAAUAAAUAGAAACUGAUAUCGCAUCGCAUCGAAGAUUGAUCGCGCUCAAUCGUUAGAAAAUCGACGAUAUUUGUGAUGAUGAUAUUUAUCUCGUGUAAUGUUUUCAUCACAAGCUGCUCGAGACGGAACGCGCGUUAUGUUCCUGCGUUGCACCGUCGUUUGCUUUGCGAACUUACAGGAUUAAUUAUACAGGGCGAGGUGUUUCGAGGUGUUUGCAGACACACGGAUGUGUGGCCUCCAUUUGCUCGCGCGCUGUGCAAGCCCAACAGCGACAACGAUUGCUCAAUAAAUAUCGCCACCGGCAACGUUUCAUCUAAUUAAAUCUUAGAAAGACGUAAAUCUCAUUUUCUCUUUUAAUUGACAUGGCGCGGUUUCUCGGAUCGUUCGAAAGUUGUUUUACUGUGUUAAACAAAGCUCUCAUCACUCGAUCAUGCUCUAAGAAUAUAAGAAUAUCGUAUAUGGGACGAAAAAUUCUGAGAUUUUUAUAAAUGAUAUUCUACAAAUAAAAAAAAAUAAAAAAACAUAUCGUGUGAUGACUGCCAAUGUCAGUUAAAAGACAAAACGUCGAUGUUUAGUUUAAGACAGAGUUACAUUUAUAUUGUAAUGUUUUUACUGAUAGAUGUGUAUUGAAAUAUA